CUCUCCGAUUCCGCGGCUGAAUGACAGGGAGUGGCCCCACCGUGUCCAACAUGGCAGCUUCCAUUCAGCGAAGCCGUGUCCCCACUUCCGGGUUCCGUAUCGCUGGCCAGGCUACUUCCGGCAGCGCGAUGGCUGGGUUCCCGGGACUCGAACGGAAGUUCCGGCGGGGGCGGCCGAGGGGGAAGAGUGUGUCUCUGUGCGGGAGAAAGAGGAGACUCGCCCGAGCGGUGUCGAGAGCCCCAGGAAGUGGAGGCCCCCGCCGUGGAGCCCUGCGGUGUAUGUGUGGUAACACCAUGUCUGUGCCCCUGCUCACCGAUGCUGCCACUGUGUCUGGAGCUGAGCGGGAAACGGCUGCGGUUAUUUUUUUACAUGGACUUGGAGACACAGGGCACAGCUGGGCUGACGCCCUCUCCACCAUCCGGCUCCCUCACGUCAAGUACAUCUGUCCCCAUGCGCCUAGGAUCCCUGUCACACUCAACAUGAAGAUGGUGAUGCCCUCCUGGUUUGACCUGAUGGGGCUGAGUCCAGAUGCCCCAGAGGAUGAGGCUGGCAUCAAGAAGGCAGCAGAGAACAUCAAGGCCUUGAUUGAGCACGAGAUGAAGAAUGGGAUCCCUGCCAAUCGCAUCGUCCUGGGAGGCUUUUCACAGGGUGGGGCGUUGUCCCUCUACACAGCCCUCACCUGCCCCCACCCUCUGGCUGGCAUUGUGGCAUUGAGCUGUUGGCUGCCUCUGCACCGGGCCUUCCCUCAGGCAGCCAAUGGUAGUGCCAAGGACCUGGCCAUCCUUCAGUGCCAUGGGGAGCUGGACCCCAUGGUGCCUGUACGGUUUGGGGCCCUGACAGCUGAGAAGCUCCGGUCCGUUGUCACACCUGCCAGGGUCCAGUUCAAGACGUAUCCAGGUGUCAUGCACAGCUCCUGUCCUCAGGAGAUGGCAGCUGUGAAGGAAUUUCUUGAGAAGCUGCUACCUCCUGUCUAACCAGAGUUGCUGGCCUCCAGCACAGUCCCCCAGCUCAUGGGGGACCCAGCAAGCAAGCGUGGCACCAUCUUGGAUCUGAGCCGGUCGAGCCCCUGUCCCCACCCUUCCUCACUCCGCCCUCAUCCCACAGGCCUCUGGGGCAGAUGGCAAGACCUGCCAGGCCUUUCUUCCUGGCCUCAGCCUCCUGGCCCUGUCUGCAGCAGGGGUGGGCUGCUUGCUUAUCCCAUUUCCCUGGAGGCAGGCGCCCCUGGCGGCAGUACUGAAGGGGCUGUAGGCAGCUGGAGAAAGGGGCCCAGCCACUGACCCACUCACUCAGGACCUCACUCACGAGCCCCACUUUGGGCCCCCUCCUGUGACCUCAGGGUUUGGCCCAUGGGGCCCUCCCAGGCCCCCACCCCAACGGAUUCUGCCCAGAUAAUCGUGUGUCUCUCUGCCUCCACUCUAGCUGCUUCUCAAUCAUGAAUGUGGCCAUGGCCCUGGGGCCCCCUUGCUGCUGCGGGCUCCCUGCCCUGGGCAGGAGUGCUGGCGAGGAGGUGGAGUCUUUCGAGGGGGCCUUCCCUCAGCUGUUCCCCCCACUUGGGGGCUGGGCCCUGCCUCCCCAUUACCCUCCUCCCUGCAGGCCUGGAGCCUGCAGGGCUGGACUGAGGCUCAACGUCUCCCCCAGCUGUCUCACCCCCACUUCAUCCCCACUCUAGGGCAGGGAGGUGGUGGGGGAGGAGUUGUGUCUCGUCUUCUGUCUCCAUGUGGUUUUGGGUGUUUUUCUUGUUGUAUCCGGGAUUCCGAUAAAAUUAAAGAAAUUAAUUGCUUCCUCAA